AUGGCUUCCCAUGAUGCCUUAUUGGGCUUGGCCCAUCAAUGGCUCCAAUUGGAUGUCAAUCCUUCUACCAGAGCCGAAAUUCAGCGACUGGUUGAUCAAAGGAACUUCGACCAAUUGGAUGCCCGACUCUCUAACCGCAUAGUCUUCGGCACAGCCGGACUUCGGUCCAAAAUGGAGGCCGGUUUUAGUCGGAUCAAUGACGUUACUAUUCUUCAGGCUUCUCAGGGAUUGGCCAGGUACAUCCUAUCCAUUUCUAACGAUUCAACUCAACCUACUAUAGUGGUAGGUCACGACCAUAGACACAAUUCUGAGAGAUACGCUAACUUGGCUGCCGCUGCUUUUCUUCAUUUCGGCUUCAAAGUUUACUAUCUUGGCCCCGGUAUCAUAGCAACACCUAUUGUACCAUUUGCAGUUGAUUAUUAUCAUGCUUUAGGUGGAGUCAUGAUCACCUCUUCUCACAAUCCUAAGGAGGACAAUGGCUACAAAGUUUACUCGGGUAACGGCUGCCAGAUCAUUGCUCCUCAUGACAGUGGUAUUCAGCAGUGUAUCCUAAAAAAUUUGAGACCUUUUUUUAAUGAUGGGGAAUGGAAUACUGCAGUAGUGUUUGACCUGUUUAAAGACCGUUUGGUCUACUGUAAGAGUGAUACCGUAAAUGCCUAUAUGUCAGCCAUCUGCAAGAAGCUUAUUACACACAAAGUUUCUGGAUUCCGUGCGGUUUAUACUCCGAUGCACGGAGUUGGAGCUGAAUUCGCAGAGAAAAUAGACCAGAUGGUCAGCAAUGCUUCUGAAAAUCUCUUAGUUAUGUUUCCAGAACAAGCAGAACCGGAUCCUGACUUCCCUACGGUGAGUUUUCCUAACCCGGAAGAAAAGGGAGCACUAGAUUUAGGGAUUUCCAAGGCUGAAGAGCUUGGGAUUUCGUUGGUUUUAGCCAAUGAUCCAGAUGCAGAUCGAUUUUCCGUGGCGGUUAAAAGUAAAUGUGGUGAAUGGAGACAGUUGACAGGAAAUGAGAUUGGGUUUUUGUUUGCUGACUAUAUAGCUUCCCAGUAUUCUAGGGAGGAAUUAAGUCAGAUUUACAUGAUCAAUUCAACGGUCUCUUCGCAACUCAUUGGUUCAAUGGCUAAAAAGCUUGGCUUCCAUUACGUUGACACUCUAACUGGGUUCAAAUGGAUUGGAAACAAGGCUAUCGAGUUGGAAAAGAAGGGACUUAAAGUGCCUUUUGCAUUCGAGGAGGCCAUUGGGUUCAUGUUUGAUGUGGUUCACGAUAAAGAUGGGCUUUCUGCGUUGACAGUGUUUUUACAGAUGUACCAGUAUUGGCUGAGGAAUGGAGAAAAUGCCGUAUCUAAGCUUGAAAAUGGCUAUAAGAAAUUUGGAUACUACUGUUCGUGCAAUGGAUACUAUAGAACGAGUGACGUCACGGUGAUUCCAAGUCUUUUCAACGAGGUCAUUAGAGGUUCCACUAGUAGUGACUAUCCUAAGAAAAUCGCAGAGUUUGAAGUGAGCUCGUGGAGAGAUCUUACUUUGGGGUACGAAUCUACUACUGUAGAUAAUAAGCCGUUGCUUCCAGUGGAUUCUUCGUCACAGAUGAUAACUUGUGUAUUAAAAGGAGGUGAGGAGAAUACGGAAAUUAGAUUUACUGCCAGAGGAUCAGGUACGGAGCCGAAAUUGAAGGUCUAUAUAGAAGCCAAAUCUGACAGUGAGAAGAAGUCUAGGCAAUUAGCCCAAAGAGUGUGGGUAGUGUUAAGGGAGCAAUGGUUUGAGCCUGAUAAGAAUGGUUUCAUUGAGACGGUGAUGUGA